AAAAUGCUGAAGCCAAGCAAAGCUUAUUGAGUCUUCCCUCCUUUGCAUAACAAUUAUUCCUCUCUCUUCUCUUCUCUUCUCUUCUCCCAUGGCUUAUUCCAUUCCUCUCAUCAUCACCUUCUUCUUCUUCCUCUUCGGCACUCUCUCCCACGCUCAAGCCCCUGCAUCUUUCCUAAUCCCAGUCACCAAAGACGCUUCAACUCUCCAAUACAUAACAACACUUUCAUAUGGCACCCCUUUGGUUCCCACCCCACUGGUGCUUGAUUUAGGAGGUCCUUUUCUCUGGCUUCACUGUGCAUCACGCAACACACCUUCAUCUUCUUCCCUCACCACCCCUCACCGUUCCCUUCAAUGCUUCACUGCCAAAACCCACAAAUCCACCAACUCCUUUCUCUCCAGCCCCGUCGACGAAGUCGACCAGUACCAACCAUGCCAAGUGUUCCCCGAAAACAGCAUCACCGGAACCAUCGCCGCCGAAGGAGAACUCGUGGAAGACCUCAUGGCCCUUCAAUCAGCCAAAGAAAAAGGACAACUUGUGGAACACCAGAGCCGUUUCACGUGUUCCCCGACCACCCUCUUACACGGCCUCGCCAAGGGUGCCAGAGGCAUGGUUGGUCUCGGUAGGUCCCGCAGCUCGCUUCCUUCUCAGGUUUUCGACAACUUCAGCACGCACCGAAAACUCACUCUCUGCCUUUCCUCCUCCAAAGGCGUUGUCCUCUUGGGCAACGUGGCAACCUACGAGUCCGAGGUUCUUAAAUCUCUCACCUUCACACCCCUUGUCACCAGCUUCCCCACGCAGGAAUACUUCAUCAACGUUAACUCCGUCAAAAUCAACGGUAAGAGGCUGUCCAACGAGCAUGAGGGUGGUGGAGGGGUUUUAACUCUUUUGAGCACAAUUGUGCCCUACACCACCAUGCAGAGUUCCAUCUAUAACUCUUUCAAGACAUCUUUUGAAGAUGCUGCUGUGGCUAUGAACAUCACCAGAGUGGCCUCGGUGGCACCCUUUGAGCUUUGUUUCAGUUCCAGGGGCUCGCAAGUGGGGCCCAGUAUGCCGGUUAUUGAGUUGGUGCUGCAGAGUGAGAUGGUGAAGUGGACCAUACAUGGAAGAAACUCCAUGGUGAGAGUGAGCGAUGAAGUACUGUGCUUGGGGUUCUUGGAUGGAGGUGUGAACCCCAGAAACUCCAUUGUGAUUGGAGGGUAUCAAUUGGAGGAUGUCAUAGUGCAGUUUGAUUUAGCCACUUCCAUGGUGGGAUUUAGUUCCUCCCUUGUCGCCAAAAAUACCAAGUGUUCCGAUUUUAAAUAUGCCAGUUCCAUAACUGCAGACUCGAUUUGAAUAUUUUAACCCACCGCUUUGAGGAUGGGCUUUCUAGUACUAAGUACUAAGUUUUCUUGCUUGAUUUUAUGUUUUUGAAGCUUCUCAGAUCUCAAUUACUAAGUUUUCUUGUUUAAUUAUGUUUCUGAAGCUUCUCAAUUUUGUAACAACUUGAUUUUGGGUAGUUUUUUUUUUUCUUUUUCCUGCACUAUUGGUUGUAUAUUUAAAAUAUCGUGAUGAGAUAUUAUGAUCUUAUGAUUUGAUGGCACUUUUGCGCCACUGUAUUUUUGACAUUGGAAUGAAAUACUUAUCCCUAUA